AUGUCUGCUCAGGAUUACUACCGUGACGGAGGAGACCGCCCUCACGACCGCCACCACGAUGCCCCUCCUUACAGGGAGGAGUCAAGGGGCGGCGGAUCGGACUACUACAGCCACGACGGUGGUCGACGGGAUCGCUCCCGCAGCAAGUCCCGCAGCAAGUCCCGCAGCAAGUCCCGCAGCAAGUCCCGUGACCGCAGAAACAGCGGCGGCGACAAGGACCGAGAUAUCGCCGGCACGCUGAUCGGCGGUGCCGCCGGUGCCUUCGGCGGCCACGCCCUCGGGGCCAAGGCCGGCCACGGCGUCAUCGGCACCGUCCUCGGCGGUGUUGCCGGUGCGUUCGCGGGCCACGAGGUGGAGGAGAAGGUGGACGACUGGAAGGACGAGCGCAAGGAGAAGAAGGAGGACGAGCGCCGCCACAAGGAGGAUGACGAGCGCCAUCGCCGCGAGGACGAAGACCGUCGUCGCCGGGACGAUGAGGACCGUCGUCGGCGAGAGGACGAGGACCGUCGGCGCCGUGACGACCACCACCACGAGGCGCCCCGCGGCGGUGGCUGCGGCCCUGACACGGUGGUGGUCCAGCAGGGAGACACUCUGCGGGGCAUUGCCGCCAGGUUCGACGGCGUCUCGUUCGAGGAGAUUGCGAGGCACAACAACAUUGCCAACCCGGACAUGAUCUACCCGGGUCAGACCCUCGCCAUCCCCCGCCGUGGUGGGUGGUAG